AUGCCGCGGCCUCCAAAACCCCCCAUGACCCUCAAGGAGGCGAAGAAGGCCUACAAGAAAGAAGGCAUAGGCAUUCAGUACACUGCAUCACAGAUGGCCAGGGCCGACCGCUUCGAUGAACGCGAGGCAAAAAGGAAGAAAGAACUGGAGAGAGAAAAACAAAGAGUGGACAACAAACGAAAAAGAGACCAGAAAGAGGCCAGAGAACGCGCGGUAAAACAAAAGAUGCUGGAAGAGGGCAGGAUAACAGUUGAAGACACUUGGGGAAAGGUCACUGCGAGCCAGCCGAGGCUGAACAAGUUCUUUGGACAGAAUGCGGUAGCAGCAAGCAAGAAGAAUACGAAAGAUGUGACUACAGACCACAAGGAAAAGAACAGGAACAUGCAAGGGGAUGAUCAACCAGCACAGGGCGAGACGAAGACAACUGGACAUACACCAGGUGCUGAUACAACCAUCGUGCGCAAUGUUCUACAGGUGAAAUCCCCCAGCGGUAUCUCCUGUCCAAGUGUUUUGGAGAAGGAGAAUUCCAGCAGCAACACUAGCCUUUCAAAGUCACAUCUCUGCAACACGGCCUCGGAAGAGAGUAAUUCACUGAGACAUGUGCCAAAUCCAUCCUCAGCGCUCAGCGAGCUAAAACAUGCUCAGCUGAACGUUCCAUCCGCAGGAUCACGGAAGCUUGUGUAUGACACCAAGCCUUGGAAAGUCUACAAUCCGACACGGACCGCAUCUGAAACCGAAGCGCGUAAGCCUGAAAUUCGGACAUACACACCUAACGAAGUGCAUGACAACGACGGUCCGUCAGUUGAGACAUACUUUGGUUCGAAGAAUAUUGAGUACGACCCGAAUCUCCACUCCAGUGUAAAUGCCACGGCUUUGGAAUAUCAGGGAUCUGACGAAAAUCUAUCUCGAACAACAAAUGAGGUUGACGAGGAAGAGGAUUUCUCCGAUGGCAUAGACGAUGAAACUCUGUUGGAGCUCUAUGACGACCAAUAUCAGCAAGCUACCACUCCGAGAGGAGCAUCGGCUGAUUUGUGUUCGCCGACUUCAACCGUCACAUUGAGUUCUCCAUCUUGUGGUCCAGAAGUAGGCCAGCCUUGCACAGACAAAGAAGAAAAGCCAAAAGUACUUCCCAAGUCCCAGAGUAAUCUCUCAGACAGCUUCACGUCCUGCUUCAACGAGAUUGACGAAGACGACCUCAUUGCUCUUGCAGAAGAGGUCGAAGCUGAGAUAUCGACGCCUUUAGCGAGCGCCGACAAGACUGCAGAGAAUGGAUGUUUUCCUCAAGUUCCCAAGCACUCACUCGGUCUCGAGAAGCAAAUGAGCCACGGGACCCCGUCUCCGCCGCAGCUUGCUAGACCUGAGCCUCCCCUUCCGCCACGGUCUCAGCCCACCGAGACAAAACCAUCUUCAUCAAAACCGGGUGUGGUGACACCGCUGGAGAACGAUUCACGCCAUAAGACCAACACUCCAAACCCGAAGCGAGAACCGCUACAAGGCAAAGGUAUCAUGGCGCCACCUCCGGCUCCCGCGCAUCCACGGAUAAGGGAGGGUAAGAAGAACAGUCGCGACGACAACAACAACACGACGACCUCUUCAGUCUCUUUUCAGCGACCAGAGUCCGUCGCGCGAACUGCCGUCUCCAAACAACGCACAAAAAGAGUCCUUCCGUGGAACAAACCUUCGAAACAGCAUUACUACACCAACCAUGAUAACCCAAGUGACGAUUUUGACCUUCUGGGACCAUCAACGCAGGCAUUGAUGGUCGAAUUAGCCGAGCAGGCCGAAGCACAGAUCAGUUCUUGUAGUGAAGGCAUGAGCGGGAAGGGGAGUCGUACGAGAUGA